AUGGAGCCUGCCUCGUCGAGAGCUCUCGGGAUUGCCCAUGUCAUUGCUAACAUCCUGCACCAAUCAAAGGACCAUCAGCUUCUCGGCCGAGGCAGUAUUGCUUCGCUGUGCAGAUAUGUCUCUGUGAACAAGCUGUGGGCCGAUGAGGUGACUGAGAUGAUAUGGGCGGAGCUCUCCACCCUUGAGCCGCUUGAAUGCGUUAAGGCCGAGCGCCGGCAGUACUACGCAGGGAAAAUUCGGACGCUGAGAGUCACCUUGGAUCCGCGUUCGCCUCCAGCCACGGCGUGCCUUUCGGCUCUGGAGCUACCGCGCCUAAGAGAGGUGGAAUUGAUGUUCCAUUACGACGCGACUCUCCAGCACAUUCCGCCAGUCUUAACGCCCAGGCUUCGCUCCGUCGCGGUGAAUUGCUCUCAUCGGUGCCUGUCGCGGGCUACUGAAUAUGCCAUUCAAGCCAUCAUAGUGCGAUGCAAGCAUCUCGAGACAUUCAAGUACACCGGACCGUCGCAUCAUCUUGUGCCGGAAAGACUGUUGGAUCUCUUCAUGAGUCAGCAGUCAACUCUCUCAGAGAUCCGGAUCCACAUGGCAGACUCACUCACCCACAAUGGGUUUUCUGAGGACCUUGUUACUUAUCUCGCCGAACAAUCCGUGGUUCGGAACAUACGCGCCCCGCAGUUCAGACUUCACGCUCCACACAAUUUCACCAUUACUGAUCCUUUCCAAGCAUUGGAGAUGCUUGACAUCAAAGCUGAUUACAACUCAUUGUAUGCCAUCAGUGCUUCUCUCCCUGAACUAAGGACGCUUCAGAUCAACUUGGUCCGUUGCCAGACUCUCGCAUCUGAACCUUUGGCUCCCAUUCUUUCCCGCCUGGCCACGAGUACCAAACUUGAAGUUCUGAAGAUCGAACGGCGUUCCCAACCACGCGGAGGCAAUUCGGAGAUCCAGACUCCAGUGACCCUUUCAGGCACCGCUUUUGCAGAGUUUGCCGAAAGCUGCCGAAAUUUGCGCAAAUUUUGCCUUGAGAUCCAGCCUGGCAUGGUCGCUGAAGACUUCAACGCCUCGCAUCUCCGGCAGGCAGCAUCAUCUCUUCAAUAUCUUCAAGAGGUUGGGCUGUUCUUGACGCCUGAGUCUAGCUGGUUAGCAGCUACAGCUGUUUCCAUAUUCGGGGAGUCUUGCCCGGACCUGGAGUGUUGCCAUAUCCUGGGAGAGUUCACCGUCCUUGACAUUGACUGGGAGACUGAGAUAAUAUUCCCAAAGCUUCGAAGGCUCAGCCUGAACCAAAUCAGGGGAUACCAAACGAACUGGUCUCUUGACAUAUUGGAUUCCAAGCUUCGGAGAAAGUUUCCUCGCCUCGAGCUGUUACAAGUAAUGAAGGCCUUUCCAGGCCCGCUCUCCGCCGGCGCUUCAUAUCUCUACGAUGUGCCACAGGUGCCUCGUAGCGAUCCCUCCAGUUGA